UCGUACUGAAGAUUUGGGUUUGCUGACAGUGUUAUCUUUUGCUAGUUACCGAAAAGUUGAUCCCAGUGGAAUAAGUUGUACGGCUGUGUAUAGAUGAAGUCCAUUUGGUUGAUAUUUUGCCUGGUGGUUUGUUGCCAUGAGUCGCAAGUCUUUGGUGCAACAGCUUUUGGAAAUUUCUCACGUCCCGAUCAUCCUGGUAAAUGUGUGAUUGAUAACAGCACAAUUUUGGAUAACGGUCAAAAUAUCACAGAUAAGUACUGUCGACACUUCCUCUGUGGUUUUGAUGGCUGGGUGCAAGAACACUCUUGUAUAUCAAAACUUGUGGAGGAACCUUGCAAGAUUGGUAAAGUGAAAUAUCCUGGAUCAGAGUACCCGAAAUGUUGCAUUAAUGUGUUACACUGUCCAGAUGGUGAUCAAGAGUUUUAAUAUUGAAAAAUAUACUACAGCUGCAAAAUA